AUGUCCCCUUUUUUAGGUGUCGUCAUCGCUGUGAUCGCGGUCCUCGUGAUCCUCAUCGUCGUGGUGCUCCGUUACACAUGUAGACACCAGGGGACUUAUUUCACCAACGAGGCCAAAGGCACGGAAUUUGCUGAGAGCGCCGACGCAGCCCUAAAAAACGACCCGUCGUUGCAGGAGUCUGCAGACGAGUCGAAGAAAGAAUAUAUUUUAUCUGAGAGGAUGGAGAAUCGUCCUCACCGCCAUCAAAGUCCCAUUGUGUCUUGGGGGAUCACCACCAACAUGCUUUUAUAUUCCAGUUUACAUGUGGAUUAUGUAACUAGAAUGGGGAAGGGGGGGAGGGGUUCCACUAAAGGCAUGCCUCCCAUCCUGUUUUUGGACAACCAACAUCUGGCUUGA